AUGGGAACCACACCCCGCCCUUUGGUGUUGACCCCAGCUGUACGCUGGCAGCACAGGCAGCCCAUUGGAGCCAAGCAAGACCAGAAAACAGCCAAGGCUGCCCAUGGUAGGAUGGCCGCCUGUGGUAAGAUGGCUGCCUGCGGUAAGAUGGCCGCCUGUGACCAUAAGUCUGUUGACUUUGAACUGGUGAUUGAUGGGCCUGAAUCGGUGAUUGAUGGCCCUGAAUCGGUGAUUGAUGGGCCCGAAUCGGUGAUUGAUGGGCCUGAAUCGGUGAUUGAUGGCCCCAAAUCGGUGAUUGAUGGGUCCGAAUCGGUGAUUGAUGGGUCCGAAUCUGUGAUUGAUGGGCCUGAAUCGGUCAUUGAUGGGCCUGAAUCGGUGAUUGAUGGCCCCAAAUCGCUGAUUGAAGGGCCCGAAUCGGUGAUUGAAGGGCCUGAAUCGGUGAUUGAUGGCCCCAAAUCGGUGAUUGAUGGGCCUGAAUCAGUGAUUGAUGGGCCCAAUUCGGUGAUUUAUGGGCCUGAAUCGGUGAUUUAUGGCCCCGAUUCGGUGAUUGAUGGGUCCGAAUCGGUGAUUGAUGGGUCCGAAUCGGUGAUUGAUGGGCCUGAAUCGGUGAUUGAUGGCCCCGAUUCGCUGCUGCUGUACAGCCUGAACUCUGUGAUCUCUGGUGAACUAGCGUUGGAGAAAGUCCACCUAUGGCAGUGGCCUGGAAUUGCUGACACUCUGCCAAUAUUUGCCACUUCCUUCUGUGGUCACCCACUGGUGCUUCCAAUGUACUUCAGCCUCAGAGGGCAAUCUGUGGAGCAAAUGAAUGUGAUCUGCAAGCAAGCAACCAUCACCACCUUCGUCUUUUAUACUGUAGUUGGAGUCUGUGGCUACCUGACUCUCGUUGAAGCUGUACCAGGCAAUAUACUCGCUGCUCUACCCUUGGGUUUUGCAACAAAUGGCAUCCGUGCUAUUUUUUUAAUCUCACUCACAUUAAACUUCCCACUGAUCAUUCUACCCUGCCGACAAGCCAUUAGCACGCUCCUUUUUGAAGAAGAGAAAGAAGAUGGCACAUUCUCAGUGAGUGGAGAUUUGCCCUUUCGUCAGCAUGUGAUAACUACAAUGUUAAUAGUUUACAGUACCAUGACCAUAGGUAUCCUGGUACCAGAUGUGCAGACUGUGUUAGCAAUCAUAGGAACCACCAUGGGAACAGUCAUUUGCUUCAUUUGUCCAUCUGUAUUUCAUGCAAAACUGCGGAAAGAUACUUUCACAGACAGAAUUGUUCUGGGAUUCGGAAUCUUCCUGCUCCUUAUCCGUGCAUCCAGCUUCGCUAAUUUCAAUGGGGAAGAAUUCCGAUUACAGCCAGUCCGGAAAUCCAUAGUGCCUGAUGAAUCAGGAAAUGUAAAGAUUACGCAAAGGAAUGAAGGACCAACUUUACUAGAAUUGAUGAAUGAUGUUGGAAAUGAACAAUUGAAACGAAAAGGUCGACUGUUGACAUACAAGCAAGUUACCUUAAAUACUGAAGUCAACAAAGAAAAUGCCAGCAAAAAAGGAGUUACCAAACUGCAAGAGACCGGUUUACCCUCCACACCUAGCAGUGGGGAAAGAUUAAAGGAACUGAAAGAAACAGAAAGGACAAGAGCAUUUGUACCUUCAUCAGAAAACAAGCGGCAGGCAAAAAUAUUCAACAUACCCAGGAGACAAACACACACAAAUGGUUCCUCAGGGUGAUGAGGUCAACUUAGACUUUGAAAAUCAAUGCACAGAUUGAAACUUAAAUGACUACUGUUCUGACCAUUUUCCGUAUUAGCAUAAUUUAAUUUUGGAAAGUCUGAAAGCAUUAGGGGAGUAGAAAAGAACAACAAUGCCUCAGUUUUGCUCUUUGCACUCGGUACUGUUACACUGAGCUGAUGGAGACCUGCUGGAAAGGGAAC